AGAAGCCGAUGUCGCUGCGGGGAGCAAUGCGGGGGAGGCAACUCCCGGCAUAGCAUAAAGGUGACUCCUCGCAGCCAAGAUCUCCCAUAUGCUACUUAGCGUUCCGUUCGGUUCGGCAAACCUCCUGCCCGCUAAGAAGCGUUUGUCACAGACUUAACGCAGAUAUUCAGUCGAUGUUCAACCGCUGUCAUCGGGCCGUUCUUUGAGCGAGUCUGCAGAGAUUACGCGUUGCGAGCCUAUUUUCGGAACUGUUUUCCACACAGGAGAAUGAUGUCGAGUGACGUACGAUUUUCCCUUUUGGCGAUACUCUUUCUAUCGUGCACUUUCAACGUGCACGCACACCCAAGUCGCUUUACCGAAGAUGAUAAUACCAGCGUGGAGGAAUUUGUCAAUCCGUGGUCCUUGGAUGGCUUGAGCGAAGGGAGCGAGCACGACGCUAAUCGGGACGAGGCUUUAGAAAAACUGCAACAGGUUCUUGGUAUUCGGAGUCAUGGUGAGAAAACAGGACGUCGUAAAGUGCCGCCGCAAUUUAUGGUGGAACUGUAUAAUAAUGUCGCCGAUCCCAGCGGUGUAACGCGAGGUAAAAAUCCAUACAAUGCCAAGGUUGUUCGCAGCUUCAUCGAAAGAGAUACCACCGUGUCGCGAUUAUACUUCUUCAAUAUCACGGGCUUAGAAGUGAACGAAUCGGUUUUGGAGGCGGAGCUCCAUCUCUAUCGAAAAAGGACACCUUUGAAAAUAAUGCAUCCGUCCAUUUUAGCUUCUCCCUACUACUUGAUAAGAGUGUAUCAAGUCUUGGAUGAAAAAAGUUUAGAAGUUCCCGACCUUCACAGACUGUUGAACGUUCGGUAUGUCGGAGCGCAUGCAUCUGGUUGGCAGAUAUUUAAUGUGAAACACGCUGUUCUUGCCUGGUUAACCGGGGAACCGAAUCUUGGACUUUUGGUGACCGCUUCUACCGUGUUCGAGGAUCAAGUGGUGGUGGAGUUUUCACGACGAAACGAGUAUCAUCAUAGCAAACAGCCCAUUUUAGUACUAUUCGACGACGACGGGAAAAAACACCGAGACGAUCGUAAUAACAACGAGAUUGAAGAAACGUCGCGCGAGGACGAGGACGAGAAUGACUUGAAGAAUGACUACAGUGAUAAAAAUGUCGAGAAACGUGAUCGGGGAAAAGGUCAGCCGGAAGAGGCUCGAUGGGAGAACGAAAAUAAAUCUGAAUUCUUCCAAAGAAAGAAGAGAACGGGAAUAGUUGGGCGUGAUGUAGUGACUCAAGCAAUUCGAGGGACUCGAGAUCUCGCAGAAGAAUCGUCCGGACGACAUCGGAGAGAAACCAUUUUCUAUCCGAGAAAGUCGCACGUUUUAACGUCGACAGGCGUGUACCAGCGAGCGAUGCGCCGCGAAAGAAUAGGAGAAAUAGUUCGUCAGAGGUCGUUAUCGAACGAAAAUGUUCGCGAGAAACGAUCGACUAGAAGUCACGCGUCUGUCCAACAAAAUGUCACCGAAUGCACGAGGCACGAGCUCUACGUCGAUUUCAAGGAAAUCGGUCUCUCCUCUUCUAUCAUCGCUCCGCUUGGUUAUUCAGCCUAUCAUUGCAAAGGUAUCUGCGAAUCGCCGUUGAGUCAAGAUCAACAACCGACAAAUCACGCGACUGUUCAGGGAAUCGUUCAUAAAAUGGGAUUGGUGAAAGGGGUCGAGAGACCUUGCUGCGUACCAACGAAACUAUUGGGCACGACCAUUCUGUUCUUUGAUGACAACGAGAACGUGGUCCUGAAAGUUUAUCAAGACAUGAUCGCAGAUCGUUGCGGAUGUCGUUAAGGACAUUUCAUCGUUUCUUUUUUUCUUUUUUCUUCUCUUUAGGAAGAAAGAAGCGAAUCAAGCAUCAACAUAUGUCUCAAUGAUGAUUGAAAAGGGGAGAAUAAAUGUGUGUGUGAGAAAAAAGAAGAAACUGGAAGUGUAUGCGUGCGAGAGAGAGAGAGAGAGAGAGAGCAAAAGUAAGAGCGGCAGAAUAUAUAUAUCAGGUAAAAAUGAUUUUUACACACUAGCACGAGAGUCAUUCCUAGAGAUUUAUCUGAAGAUCGAUGUCCUAACAUUGUACAUAAGAACAUUCCUAAAUUCGCGUAGGGUUAUACGUAUCAAUGAUUAGCAUGUCUACAUCGUAUCCUAUAUUGUCAUUAAAUUAUUAUUAUAAUCACGUCGUCUCGAUCAUUGUAUAUACUACUGUGUCGUAGAACGUUAGAAUUAUUUAUAUUUUAAUUAUAACAAAUAAAACUAUUGUAGUAUUUAA